AUGUCGGCAGCGUGUUUGAAUUUCUUCAUCAAAAAGUCCGUCUCCAUCCAUGGGCAACUGGAGGAAGCCCAAUUGUCCCUGAAAUACUUUCACCAAAAGCUUCACUCCUGGGGUUUCCCGUCGCCUCCCACGGAGCCCGGUCGGGGCAGCCCCACCCUCCGCCGGGGCAAAUCGGGCAGGGGCUCCGAGGUGGGGCCGCGCCCCCCGGGUUCUACCCCGGCUCGCGCACCAGCCGUGGGAGCGCAGAGCGCGCCGCGUCCCAGGUGGCCCCGCUAUUGUUUUACCUUCCCGGGUGUUUAUUUUUCGCUGAUUGGAAAGAAAAGACCCGGGAAGAAGGCAGCCGGGGGCUCCGUCUCCGCUGCCGGAGCGCGCUCGCCGCGCACCCGACCGGCCAGGCGAGGGGUCCGGGGCCCGGCCGAGCAGCGCGCGCCGCCCCCUCCCGCCGGCCCGGGCCGGGCGCCACCCCCGCCGCCCCCUCGUGCGCGCGCCCGUCCGCCCGCCCGCCCAGCGCAGGAGGCUGACCUCGCCCCGGCCCGGUCCCUCCGCGCUCCUCCGCGGGCCGCUCAGUCAGUCGGUCGGUGCCGGCGCGCGCCUCGGGGGACGCGCUGCUUCCCCUCUCGUCGCUGCUACAGCCCCGGCAGCCGCGCUCCGGCCCCUCCCGAGUCCCCGCCCCCCAGCUCCAGCCCGGCCCGCGGCACCGGGCGAGGCGAGGCCAGCUGGGGCGAGGGCGGCGGCCUGGGAGGAGGCCCCGCCCCUGCCCGGGUAGCCCCGCCCCUUCCCUCCCCCCCUCCUCCCGGAGACCCGCGGGCGGCCGGACCUGGGGGUCGCGCCCAGGCCUGGCUACACGAGGCCCCGGGCAGGGCGGCUGCCGGCUGA